GGACCAUCAGCAGUUCAGCACAUUUACCCCACGUACCCCGCUCAAUGAAUUUUUUGGAUGAAGCAUAAGAUACUCUAAAAUAAUAAAUCAAGGCUUUAAGAUAAGAUUAAUGGACUUGAUUCGAUGGAUGGUGUAGUCAUCCUGCCCCAGAAUGGCGCAACGGAUCAGGAACAUGCGUGAUCGUCUAGGAUCUAUCUGCCAUGACUAGGCUUGUCUAAUGCGACAUCUUACACAUCAACGAUGGAUGGACAACAAAUGGACAAUAGUAAAGUGCGUGAUCGGAUGGAUAAAAUCAGGACUCGAAGACACCGCAAACGAAGCAAAUAUGGCACCCUCAGCAGUUGUGGCACCCCCAGUGACGGAACAGGAGGUUCCAAUUGUUACAAAAGGCAGACCGCAGCCGUUGAAAUCGUCGGGCCUUCUCGAUCAAUUCGAGCAAUUCGAUGUAACUCCAGUCAUCGGCACGGAGUUCUCAACGGCCAACUUGGUCGAGUGGAUUAAUUCUCCAAAUGCGGAUGAACUCUUGAAGGAGUUGGCCGUAAAAAUCUCCCAGCGCGGUGUGGUAUUUUUCCGUGCCCAAGACAGCCUCACGAACGAUAUUCAGAAAGUAUUGGUUCAGCGACUCGGUGAACUGUCGGGAAAGCCGAAAACCUCGGGCCUGCACAUUCACCCGAUGUCGAACACUGGCCGGGAGGGUGGAGGAACCGAUCCGGAGAUCACCACGAUCAGCUCUGUCCAGCUCAAGAAGUUUUACAGCCAAGCUGCAGAUCAAGGACUCCGCGGAAAGACACUGAGCGCUGAACUGUGGCAUUCGGAUAUCGCCUUUGAGCCAGUCCCGGCUGAUUACACCUCGCUUCGACUCGUUGAGCUACCCAAGACGGGAGGAGAUACUUUAUGGGCAUCCGGAUACGAGAUCUACGACCGUAUCAGUGAGCCAUACCAGAAGUUCCUUGAGGGUCUCACGUGCACAUUCGCUCAACCGGGAUUCAACGCCGCUGCUGCUCGCGGUGGCUUCGAGAUCUAUGACAAGCCUCGCGGCGCACCCGAAAACGUUGGUACCCUGUUGCAGGCGGUGCAUCCCGUUGUGAGGACCAACCCUGUGACUGGCUGGAAGAGUAUUUUCCCCGUCGGAGACCAUAUCAAGCAAAUCAAUGGCGUGACGGAAGACGAGUCCAAGGCCCUCCUUAGCUGGUUCUUGGACUUGGUAUACAAGAACCACGACCUGCAGGUCCGCCUCAAGUGGAAGAACCCCAACGAUAUUGGUAAACAUCCCGUAUUUCCAAAGAAGACGGGGCUCGGAGCUGACAUAUGACUAGCGAUCUGGGACAACAGAAGCGUCUUCCAUAGUGCAACCUUCGAUUAUGACGGUCAGGGUGAGCGUUUCGGUAACCGGGCGGUGGGAUUGGGUGAGCGCCCAUACUUUGAUCCCAAUAGUAAGUCACGCAGGGAAGCUCUGGGUCAGAAUUCUCCUGGUGAUAAGAUUGUGGUAUGACCGAGUCCGUGAAAAUGUCCGGAGCUUAUUCGCGGCUUUGCCAGUCCGCAGCCAUCUAUUCUUCUUAAACCGAUUAGUGAGACAAAUUGAAUUAUGGUAAUGAAAUAAUAGCCUUUGAACUUAGUCCCGUGUGUAGUUGAAAGUGUAGAAUAGCGAGCCUAUAGAAAUCUUGAUUAGUAGUUCACGAAUGGGGUAGCCCAUCAGAGUAUUUCAUUGAGCAUCUCGGUGCA